UGGAAAAAGCGUCAUCUUGCCGCGAAAGUAGCUGUAGAAGCGUCGUAGUGUGCGUUUUAAUGAGUGUUUUUAUUCCAUCUACGGUGGUGUAAUUUUUCAUUUCAUUUUUUCAUUUUUUUUUUAAAUCAGAAUCUUGUGCACGGUGAUUCGUUUUUUUUUUCAAAAUAACUUUUCGGUUGUGUGAAAAUACUCGUGCUACAUAUACAUCGAAGAAACGAAAAUUUAUCGAUUUCCAUAAUACGAUACUCGUACGAUGAAACUUUAUUCGCCGAGUACUACGAUGAUGGUGAUGAUGAUGAAGGUGAUCAUCGAACGGUGCUGAAUGAAAUUUAGUACGAGGUUUAUAUCUGCGUUUAUUUGGACGUGCGUGAAACGCAAAUAAAAAACUGUUUUCAUGAUGCACACGGUGGGCUUACACUCGGCGUUGGCCAUCAAACGCCAACGCAAACGCCGAGAAGAAUUGAAAAAAGCCCGAGAACGCAGAUACAGCUCGCAAUCCACCGAAAGCGGUCUAGGAGGAUCACGUUCCUCUUGCAACAGUCCAGGCAGCUUCGAUGGCAGCACAGAUCACUUGAAAAGCCGCCGAAAGCGUAAAGUAGCCGCACCAAAUCUAGUCGACACCAAAGUAGUCUCAAAUAUCGGCAUGCUUCACAUCGGAAUCGUAUUUCUAGUACUGGGCCUGUUCCUAAUCGGCUCCGGCCUCAUACCGGACGAUUUCGCAUACUGGGAUCAAUCUCUAAACUGGUUGAACGAACUCGUGUUUACCGGUAUAGCCGCCAUCGUUAUAGGCAUAUUUUUAAUCGUAUUGAAUCAUUAUUUAUCUCAACAAGAGGAAGACGAGCUGUCUCGUUACGUCGAACGUCAACUGACCCGAUCUCGAUCCGGUAAACGGCUCAUUAAAGACGAAGAAACCGGUUGCCUGAGCACUAAACAGGAUCGACGGGUUAAAGAACGAGAACAAGUUGUCGAAUCCGAAGUACACAAUGUGCCCCAUAAUUCAUUCACUCCUAUUCUAAAGUCUCCUCCUGGGAUGUCCAUAACUACCCCUAAGUCGGACUUGGAACGAAUCUUGGAAGAAGAAACAUCCGAAGGGCAAGCCGAAGUCGAACCUUAUCAUAAUAUGGAGAGUUUUAAUAAACAUACAAUGUCCAAUGGGAACUGCUCCCAACAAUCUCAAGAACCCAGGGAAUUGGUUGUCACUCGUUAUUACCAUACUACUCAUUAAUCUCUCUCGCUCUCUCUAUGUGUUGUGUGUGUGUGUGUGUGUGAUGCCGAUGGCGAUGGUGCAGUAUGAGAUCAAUUUCAUUUUAUAUUUUUUCAAGUAUUUUACUCGUUUUGUUUGGUUUUUUUUUUCGUGAAUUUAUACCUACUAUUUUUUUUUCUUAUUAUUUAUUUAUUUAUUGGGGUAAAUUUUAUAUAGCCUUUUUAAGAGUCUACGAGUGUAAAAGAAGUGAAAUUCUUAUGAAAUCGAAAGUAGAUGUGAAAAGGGGUAAAAAGUACCCAACGGUCGGGCUCAAAAAUUAUUCUCGAUGAAAGAUGGAAAAUUUCUAAGUAGGUCAUCGGGACUAUUUUGUAUUCGAAGAACGGCGAAUAACUUGAAAACUCUAACGCGAUUAACAUUGUAAUUGGAAUUCGUGGGAACCAAAUUAUUAUACAAAAGCUAUAACGUUCAUUUUAAGGCAAAUUUUUUAUUGCUCUUACUAUUUUAUUUUAUUUUUUUUGACUUUAUUAAAUACCUGUUUUUGGGGUAUCGCUCCUAUUUUUUUUUCAAUUUUAUAUAUUGUAAUGUUUAAAUUGCCUAUAUAAUUACGUCGCGCUUUUAUUUUAUUGCCAGCGGUUUGUGAAGUAUUGAGAGUCUUGGGGGUUUCUUCCUUCUAAAAGAUUGAAUGGCUUAAUUUUGGUUUUAGAAGAAGAUUCAAGUGGGGGAUGAAAAUCAUGUUCUAAAUUCAACUCAAAAUUGCUCAAAUGAAACGAAAAGUUGAUAUUUCGAAUUGAAAAUUUGGUGUGAUUGUUGCAUAAUUUUCUCAAUUCAACUCCAAAAUGAUCAAAUGAAAUCAAAUUUACACGAUUUUGAGUUCAUUUUUCACUCUUUCAACAAACUUUUGAUGAUAAAAGAUGAGGGAAGAGUUCAUACCUAUUUUUCCAACAAUUGAGACGAUCCCCUCCAACUUAUUUACGCUCGCUAUUGGAUUUAAUGAGGGGGGGGGGUGCGGAAAAUUUUAGCCCUCAACUUUGAGUAAAUGCAUUUUUGUGAGAAAAACACAAUUUGGUAUUUUUGACUCACUGCACUGACCUAGUGAAUAAUGAAAAAGUGGAAAUCGGGCCCUCUGAGUUUUUGAAAAUCGAUAAAAAAAAAAUUUUACACAUGUAAUUUGAUUUUUUUAUAUCGAUUAAUCGAACUUUAAAAAUCGAAUAAUCGAACUUCGAAAAUCAAUUAAUCGAACUUCGAAAAUUGAUUAAUUGAAUCUUGAAAAUCGAUUUAUCGAAUCUUGAAAAUCAAUUUAUCGAAUCUUGAAAAUCGAUUUAUCGAAUCUUGAAAAUCGAUUAAUCGAACUUCAAAGCUCGAUCUUGAAUAUCGAUUCAUUUGCGAUUUUCUAUUCAUUCUAGCAUUGAUAACAACUUCGAGAUAGAAAGUCGAUAGCAAUCGAAAUUCGAUGAUAUUAGCCUCAAAACCAACUUUAUGAUAAAUAAUCGAUCGUGAUUGAUUAUCGAUCGUUCGAAAUCAAACUUUACCGAUUUAUUUGAAAAAUAUCGAUUUAUAUGGAAUUUUCGACAUUCUCUACGUAUGAUCAAAUAUGCUCAAAAGGAAAAAUAUGAUGUGUGACUUGAAAAUCGAUCAUGAUCAAUAAUGGAAUAAUCGAACCUGAAAAUCGAUUUAUUUGCGAUUUUCGAUCUCAAUAUAAUUAGUCGUGAUGAACAAAAUGAAAAAUGAAUUUUCGUCUAGAAAAAGUUUCGGACCAAAAAUCGAUAUCGAUCAAAAAUCGAUUAAAUUUGCAAUUUUUGAUAUAUAAUUUGAUCAUGUUCAAAAUGUAAAAUCAAUUUUAGCAUCAAAAACAAACUUCCUGAUUGAAAAUCAAUCAAUGUAACCUCAAAAAUUGAUGUAUUUGCAUUUUUAGAUCCCAUGUGAUCAGUCAUGCUGAAAAUUCAGAAAUUAAAAUGAGCCUCAAAAACAAACUUUUUCAUCUCAUAUCGACUUCCUGAUCACAAAUCGAUCAAUCGAAGCCUAAAAAAUGAAUUUAUUUGCGAUUUUUGAUCCCAUGUGAACAAUUAUUCUAAAAAAAUUUAAAAAUCGAUAUUAACUUCAAAAAUCUACGUUCCAAUAAAAAAAUUGAUUUUGAUCGAUAAUCGAUCAAUCGAUCUCCAAAAAUCGAUUUAUUAGUGAUUUUCGAUUUCGAUAUGACCAAUCAUUGUGUUCUAUAAGAAAAAAAAAAUGUUUGCCACAAAAACGAAGUUCAGGCUCGAAAAUCGAAAAUAAUCGAUCAAUCGAACUACAAAAAUCGAUUUACUUGUGAGUUGUGUUGUGAUUUUAGAUUUCGAUAUGAGCAAUUAUUGUGUUCAUGUGUUCUACAUAUAAGAAGAUUAAAUUUUUGCCACAAAAACAAAAUUCGGGCCAAAUGUUGAAAAUCGACAAUCGAUCAAUCGAACUCCAAAAAUCGAUUAAUUUGCGAUUUUCGAUUUCGAUGUGACCAAUUGUUGUGUUCUGUAAGAAAAUUAAAUUUUUUUAAAUUUUUGCCACAAAAACAAAAUUUGGGCCAAAUAUUGAAAAUCGACAAUCGAUCAAUCGAACUCCAAAAAUCGAUUAAUUUGCGAUUCUCGAUUUCAAUGUGACCAAUUAUUGUGUUCUGUAAGAAAAUUAAAUAUUUUGCCACAAAAACAAAAUUUGAAACAAAAAUUGACAAAAAUUGAUCUCAAUCCAUAAUCGAUCAAUCGAACUCCAAAAUUCGAUUUAUUUGCGAUUUUCGAUUUCGAUGUGACCAAUUGUUGUGUUCUGUAAGAAAAUUGAAUUUUUGCCACUAAAACAAAAUUCGAACCAAAAAUUGACAAAAAUUGAUCUUGAUCGAUAAUCGAUCAAUCGAACUCCAAAAAUCGAUUUAUUUGCGAUUAUCGAUUUCGAUAUGACGAAUCACUAUAUUCUAUAAGAAAAAUACAUUUUUGCCACAAAGAACAAAAUUCGCGUCAAUAAUCGAAAAAAAUCCAUCUUGAUUGAUAAUUGAUCAAUCGAACUCCAAAAAUCGAUUUAUUUGCGAUUUUCGAUUUCGAUGCGACCAAUCAUCAUGUUCUGUAAGAAAAAUGAAUUUUUGCCUCAAAAACAGGAUUUGAGCCUAAAAUUGAAAAAAAUCGAUAUUGAUUGAUAAUUGAUCAAUCGAACUCCAAAAAUCGAUUUAUUUGCGAUUUUCGAUUUCGAUGUGACCAAUUAUUGUGUUCUGUAAGAAAAUUAAAUUUUUGCCACAAAAACAAAAUUCGAGCCUAAAAUUGAGAAAAAUCGAUAUUGUUUGAUAAUCGAUCAAUCGAACUCCAAAAAUCGAUUUAUUUGCGAUUCUCGAUUUCGAUAUGACCAAUCACUUUGUUCUAUGAGAAAAAUAAAUUGUUGCCACUAAAACAGAAUUUUGGGCCAAAAAUCGAUCUUGUUCAAAAAUCGAUUAAUCGAACCACAAACAUCGAUCUCAUUUGCAAUUUUUGAUUUCAUAUUAGGUAUCAAUCAUGAUCAUUGAUCAGAAGAGAAAAAUUGAUAUAAGCCUCAAAAAAAAAGGUCAACGUCCCGAUAAUUAUCGACCGUGAUCGAUAAUCGAUCAAUCAAAUCCCAAAAAUCGAUUUAUUUGCGAUUUUCGAUCUCAAUAUAUCUAUCAUUGUGUCCUGAAAGAAAAAGUGAAUUUUUGCCUCAAAAACGAAAUAUCGGGCGGAAAAUCAAUCUUGAUCAGAAAAUCGAUUAAUCGAACCACAAAAAUCGACUUUAUUUACAAUUCUUGAUUUCAUAUUGUGAUCAAUCAUGUUUAAAAUGAAAAAUCAAUAAUUGAUCAUACUUCCUGAUCAAAAAUCGAUCGUAAUCAUAAAUCAAUCCAUUUCAUUAUCUUCGACAAAAAUUAUCUACUUCUUACUCGAGUAUCUCUGGUACCUACCUACAUAAAUGCUUACAAGAGUACAAAUUCGAGUGGGUGAUAUUUCAAUUGGAAAAUUUUACGCACCACUGGCAAUAAAUGGCGUAUUUUAAGGAUUUAAUUAUUAAUCACUACGCUUGGAGCAUUUUUACAUGAAUGUUUAAAAUGUUAUUUAUCUGAUUUUCUAUCGUAUGUAAUGUAUAAACGUGCUUAUAGUAGUAGCUUGGUUAUAGUUUAGUACGAAAUCUCGCAACUUGCGUUCUAAUCGUUGGCCAACUUAUUCUGACCAAAAAUUAUCAGAACUACUUAGGUUUUAUUUAACGCGUUCGUUCGUUUUUAAAUUGGAUUUUUGCUGUGAUAUGGCGCGGUAACGAGAAUGAACAAUUCAUUAGUAUUCCAGUACAACGAGUAGCUUAUUUUUUUCCCUCUUAGCUUUCUCCCUUUUUUCGUUGUUUUACGCAUACCUAUUCCUAUAUACUUGGCUACAACAACAUUUUGAAUAACCUGAAACGAAACAAAAAAAAAAAAAAAAAGUCCAACUUGGAAUGACAAUCAAGAUAUGUGUUCACUCGUUACCCCAAGCCCAAGGGUAGAAUGUGCUCUUUUCGCCAAUGAGUAUAUAAGUUACCUCUCUUGUAUGUAACUCGUAUCCUAUGUAACCUUUUUUUGUUGUUGUAUUUUUAUGUUGUAUUACGUAUACCAUACUCUAGUCCCUAGAUAUCUUUGUGUAUUGUGUUGUGCGUCACGAUGAAUUACCUAACGCGAGUAUUUCGGAUGAAAAUACGAAUUCUGCGGUAACUCGGUAAGGUUUUACACGUUGAUAAAGCUGACAUUAUGGUCGUCGAAGACAGGCCGAGCUAUUUUUUAAGAUUAGUCAACAGCCGCGCUCGCACCUAUCCAUUCAUAAUAAUCCAUCAUUUUGAGACCAUUUUCCAAGCCUUGAAAUUCGAUUAAAAAUUUCUCUUCGCUUGAGAUUAACGUGCGAAGACGAGUUAAUGGAUAAAACCUGCUUGAAAAAAGAUUCAGUGAAAAUAAGAAUUACUUUUUGGAAACCUUUGUUGGUAACGAAAUCAAUUCGCUUAUUUUUUUCAAUUUUUGGAAUUAUUGUUUCACUUGUCAGCAUGUUUUGAUGAUGAUAUCUAUAUGGCAAUAGGAAUAAUUGCACCCCACCCCCCGAUCCUCUGGGACAACAUUUUUCUCAAAGGGGACAUUCUAAGGAACACUUUGAAGCCAACUGACCGAAAGAAAGCUCGCUUUACUGCCAUUUUGUUAGUAACUUUGCUCUAAAAUGUUCCUUAGGGUGUCCCUUUUAAUAAAAAAGUUGUCUACGUUGAUCGACGGGGGGGAGGGGUGCAAUUAUCCCUAUUGUCAUAUGUCGAGCUACUACAUUUAUUCGAGGCUAAAAUCCGAAAGAAAUCUUUCGAAGAGGUUGUAAUGUUUGGAAAAUAUAAUAAAAGCAACCUCGACGAAAUUUUUUUCAGCUUUAAAAUUUUUGCGAACGAUCCCUUGAUUUUUUUUUGCUAAAAAUUUACUUCGUGUUUCUUCGUAACGAUACCUGUCCCUUUUUUUUGCCAUUUUGUUCGAUUUAUUUUUUUAAAAAAAUAAUUUCGAUGUAACCAACUUCUUCAAAGAGGAAAAGUGCCUACGAAAUGAGAUUCGCUAACGAGACGUCUUGUCAUAUGUCUUCUAAUGUAAGAAAAUUCUCGGUCGCAGUAAAAUGAGCCAGAGAGCAGGAAUAUGGAACCUCGAACCUCGUUAUUACUAUACGAAGGUCUAUUAAUUUCAAAAACAUAAUUCGUCCGAGCCCAACAGUCUGCUAGGAUAAUAAAUUUUACGACGGUUACAUUUAUCGUUUUAGCGGUCGUAAGUAAUUCUUCGCCAUCUUGAGGAAAUUCUCGGUUAUGAGCGUAAAUGAGACCGAGUUUAUACCUAAUAUUUUCUUUAAUGUAAAUGCAAAUGGUAAAUUAUUACGAAAUUCAACCGAGACCCCAAACAAAGCUCGGAAUUUAACAAAAAUAUUUUUAGUACAAAUUUUAUAUAUUUUCAGCUGUUUUUUUAUUUUUAGUAUGGAUUAGAAAAACCGUAUGGUAUGGUUUAAAUAUGGGUUAUUUUUGGCGCCAUUUCAGACUAUGAAUUUGGUAUAUUGAGGAAUAGGUAACUAACUACUUAUAUGAUGGAUUCACACAGUAUUCGUGUAAAGCUCAAAGCUUAAUUUCGAUUGGUUCGUAUUUUUUCUCUUUUGUAGCUUCAAAUUAUUUAUUAUUCUAGUCGCCUGUUAUUUACCUAUACCUAUAGAAGUAUAGACCUACCUUAAUAUGUUACUUAUACGUCUUUUACUUACCUACCUAUAGCUUGAAAAUUAUGGUAUUGUUUUUUAUCUUGGCUGUGACUUUAAUCAUUAUUUUAUUACAAUGUUUGUAUUUGGUAUAUGUUGCAUUUACUCAGCCAUUAUUUUAUUAUAUUUCAUUAGCGAAUCGCUUUAGCCAAUAUUUUUAUCUAAUAUUUUUCAUUUUUUUUUCUUACGUGUAUUUAUACUACAUAUUAAAUUUAUAUAAGAGGUUUUUUCUGGAUUUUUUUUGUUUUUUUGUUCAGCACAAACGUUAUUAAGUAUUUAUUAAUGUAAACGCACAAUUAAAUGUUAAUUUUUUUAAAAUUUUGUUUAAUUUUUUACUAAUUUAUCUUUUUUUCAUUCUUUGCAAAAUUCUGUUAUGUAUUGCGAAUUUUAUCUUUUGUCUUAAUAAAAGAAUUUUAAUAGCAA